AAAGCUAAAAGGGCAUUUGGAGACAUCUCUAAAUAUUUUUAACUGUGUAUAAGUAUCUAAUGAGAAGUUGACCCCAACAAAACUAAUUGAAUAAUUGAGGCAGGUUUGUGUGUGUCAUCAAAUUCUAUCCAGAAGUUGAAGGAUCUUCAAUUGAAUUUAAGGAGUGUGUGUAUAUUGAAUAAGAAGAUGACCUUUCAAUUUAAUUUCACUAUAGAAGGCCAUUUGGAAAAUGAAUUAACAACUUUUGGAGAUGAAGAUUUGACCUUGGAUUCCUCAGAAGAGUCAUCAGUCCCCGAAAGUCAAAAAGGAAAACAGGGAGACAGAAAAUGUUCUACCGAACAAUUGGAUUUACCUCAGGAUCACUUCUGGGGCCAUAAGUCAGUGGGAAAUGCAACUCCUUCUCAAGAUGGAGACAGUCCACUCAAUGUAACUAAUAGUUCAAAUAACUUGGGACCACACAAAGAACAGCCCUGCUUGAGAGUUGCCAAAGAGCAUGCUAUGCCUAAAGAUUUAAAGAAACUGUUAGAAAAUAAAGUUCUAGAAACUUUACCAGGUCUCCAGCAUGUUAAUGUAUCAAUAGUGAAAACCAUCUUGUUGGAAAAGAACUUCCCUGGAGAAAAUAUAGUUUCAAAAAGCUUUUCUUCUCAUUCUGAUCUGAUUACAGGUGUUUAUGAAGGAGGCUUAAAAAUCUGGGAAUGUACCUUCGAUCUCCUGGCUUAUUUAACAAAUGCCAAAGUGAACUUUUUUGGGAAAAAGGUGUUAGAUCUUGGCUGUGGAUCAGGGUUACUGGGUAUAAUUGCAUUUCAGGGAGCGGCCAAAGAAAUUCAUUUUCAAGAUUACAACAGUUUGGUGAUCGAUGAAGUAACCUUACCUAAUGUAGUGGCUAAUUCUUCUGUGGAAGAAGAAAAUGAUAUAAAUGAACCAGCUGUGAAAAAAUGCAGAAAAUCAAAAUUAGCACAAGAACUAAGUAAAUGUCGGUUCUUUUCUGGGGAGUGGUCUGAGUUUUGUGAACUUGUACUAAGUAGUGAAAAACCCUUUGAAAAGUAUGAUCUCAUUCUCACCUCAGAAACCAUUUACAAUCCAGAUUAUUAUAGCAGUUUGCACCAAACAUUCCUUAGACUAUUAGAUAAAAAUGGACAGGUGCUUUUGGCCAGCAAAGCACAUUAUUUUGGUGUAGGUGGAGGCGUUCAUCUCUUUCAGAAGUUUGUAGAAGAAAGGAAUGUAUUUGAGACUAGAACAUUGGAAAUAAUUGAUGAAGGGCUGAAGAGAGUCCUAAUUGAACUGACUUUUAAGCACCCCAGUUAAUGUCCACUGAGUGUGCUCAGUGAAAUAAACUGA